UCAAAACGCGGCUCUGGACAGGUAAACAUUUCCGCUGUGACGCGAUGGAUUCAAACAAGGACGAAGCGGAGCGAUGUAUUAAAAUAGCCCAAAAUGCCAUCAGCAACAGCCAGCCGGACAGAGCUAGGAAGUUUUUGGAAAAGGCUCAGCGUUUGUUUCCGACCGAUCACGCCCAAAGUUUACUGGAUUCAAUAACUCAAAACGGUAAACCUUCGAGCGAGAAUGGAGCUACGAUGAAUGGUGAAGGCCCGUCAGUAAGACACAGGGGCCACACAGAGGAGGCGCAGGGCUCCGGACAGGCCCACACCGAGACUGCUAAGCCCUACACCGCAGAGCAGCUGGAGGCGGUCAGAAAGAUUAAAAGUUGUAAAGAUUACUACCAAACUCUGGGCGUAGAAAAGAAUGCAUCAGAAGAAGACUUAAAAAAGGCCUACAGAAAAUUAGCUUUGAAAUUUCAUCCAGACAAAAACCAUGCGCCUGGAGCCACAGAAGCUUUUAAAGCCAUUGGAAAUGCCUAUGCUGUGUUGAGUAACCCUGAUAAAAGAAGACAUUAUGACCAGUAUGGGGAGGAGAGUGCACAACCAAGUAGUAGACACAGACAUCACCAUCGCGAGUUUGAAGCGGACAUUUCACCUGAGGAUCUCUUCAACAUGUUCUUUGGUGGUGGCUUCCCAACAAGUAAUGUCCAUGUUUACAGAAAUGGAAGAAUGCACUUUGGCCAUCACAAUACACAUGAAAGAAGAGAACAGCAAAGAGAUGGAGGUCUGGCUCUUUUUGUCCAGCUGAUGCCCAUCCUAAUCCUCAUCAUUGUCUCUGCUUUAAGCCAAUUGAUGGUGACGCAGCCUCCCUAUAGCCUUAGCUACCGCCCGUCAGCUGGACAUAUUCACAAAAGGCAUACAGCCAGCCUGAAAGUGCUUUACUAUGUGGGAGAACGCUUCAACGAAGAAUACAGUGGAAAUAGCCUGAAGAAUGUUGAGAGGAGUGUCGAAGAGGACUACAUCUCUAACCUCAGGAAUAAUUGUUGGAAGGAGAAACAGCAGAAGGAGGGUUUAUUGUAUCGAGCUCGUUACUUUGGGGAUUCGGAGUUGUACCAAAGGGCGCAGAGGAUGGGAACUCCAAGUUGUUCCAGAUUAUCUGAAAUUCAGGUCAUGCUGGACGGCUAAAAACCACUGGACACCUAUGGGUUGGUCGGUACUUGAAUCUGAAGGAAUGCCCACUCAUCAGGAGCAUAUUACGUUAGCAAACCAAGAGAAGAGAUGCCUUACUCGCAGUGGGCAGCAGACGACCUUAUCAGGGAACCUUUCUGCAACUCUGUAGAUGGACUUCCUGUAGAACUGUGAGACGCUUGAGUUGACUGCUGAUAUUUUUUUACUCUUCAAGAUCCCAUGUCCAUUUGAUGUUGCAGAGAAGUAACUACAUAGAUGAAAUGGUUUAUUUAAAGAGGUUGACAAGGCUGCUAAUUUAAGCUCUCUCUGUCCACCUAAAACUUUAGAGAAUUCUCCCUGGCCUCCUGUUCACAUUUCUGAGCCACUCAAAUGAGAAGCGUGUAAUUUUUAUAGUUCUCGCCAUGUAUAUAUACAUUUUACUUUUAACAGUGCAGGAUUUAUGGGAUUAAUAUAAUUUAAUAUGCUGUUAUUAUGUGGAUUUGCCUGUAGCUCGUUGGAUUAAGUAUCAGAAAUCAUUGCACAAUUAAAAGUAAAUCUUAUUUAUUAAAUUAACAUGCUAAAUUUAAUAUGUUUCUUUCAUUAAAAACUGUCAAAUUAU